GCAUUAUGAACCUCAUUCUUGAUGUAUUUAUUCUUGUUAUUUCCCGAUGUAAAUAUUGAAUUUUUUGUUCAUCUCCAACAAAUAAUUUUUCGAAAAUUUCGAAGGAAAUCGAAAAAAUUGUGAACUCUAGUUUUGGAAUAAUAAAAAUCGUUUUCAUGAGUUCCUUAAAGAAAGGAAGUGAUGAUGAGGUGUCGGUUUUGGAUAUCAGUCAAGAAUCUACAAAUUGUAACGACAGUUUUAAUUCUUCUUGCAGAACAGGUUCUAGCAUUUUAGAGGCAACUUUACCUCCAGGUGUUGCACCUAAGGGCUUUGUACUCAUUGAUGAGGAUGUUGCGAUUGUCGAGCCACAUGACAUACUUGAUUCGUCAGUCGAGCCGAAACCCACUUUUAAGGUUAUGUUCAGAGAUGAGACCGUUGCGAGAAAAUAUACAAAACGUGUAAGAAACUUUCUGAGAAGUAUAAUAUCCUCAAGUAGCCCAGAGGAUAGUGAUGAAUCCAAUUUGGUCCUCGAGGUUUGGGACGUAGAAGCAACUGGAAAAAAUGGUUCCUCAGUAGAUGAAUCAGAUGGAGAAAUUGACGAAGGUUCUCUCUUCACAAUUGAUACGGCACCAAAGUUAAGAGACGAUUUCGAUAUUCCAACAUACGGCAAGAAAUUCACAAAACCUUUGGAGAAAUCUAAAGUAGAAGACUGUACAGAAGUAAAAGAUGAUUGCGGCCCAAAAUUCACUUGUUUCAAUUGUUUGGGAAACCACAAUUUGCGCGAUUGCAAAGAAGCACGAAACUACAAUAAUAUUCAAAAGAAUAGAAAGGAAUUUGUUAGCAAACAAGGUAACAAGAAUAUGAGGUAUCAUCAUGAUGACGACCAGAAGUUUGGACAUAUAAUUCCUGGCCAAAUCAGCCAGAGUUUGAGAAAGGCAUUGGGUUUGAAAGACAAUGAAUUGCCGAGGCAUAUUUACGGAAUGAGGAGACUUGGCUAUCCUCCAGGGUGGUUAGAAGAAACACGACAGCAGCAUUCAGGGUUGACAUUAUUUAAUUCUGAUGGUGUUGCGGAACUCGAUCCGGAUGCAAAAGUAGGCGAGAUUGUCCUUGAAGGAGACCGUGAUAAAUAUGACGUUAAACAGAUUAUUGACUUUCCGGGUUUCAACAUCCCUACGCCGAAAGGAUUUCGAGACGAAGAGAAACAUUAUUGGGGUUCAGAAACACAAGUGGCCUAUAGUAAAACGACCAUGCUGAUGAGUCUGAGUGGCAAGAAAGUAGACGAUGGCUAUAAAAGAAAGAAAAUGAAAAAGAAUUUCAACCUGUCAUCGAGUUCCGACGUAAAUACGAGUGAAAUGGAAAUUGAUGAAAUGGAAGAAGAAACUCUGGUGGAAAGUGUGCCAGUGAAUGGCUUAUUUGUUCCUCCACUUCCAAAAGACAAACCUGUUAAUCCCCCCGAACCUCCUCCUCCAGAUGCGGAGGAUUUUGAUUCGCAAGGCGAUUUGACCCCUGAACCGAAGAACGAUAGCAUCGCAUCAUCUUCUCCCACGAAUUCACCGGCUGCGUCAGAUUCAGAAUCGACGUCGACCACGACGUCUCAGCUUCCACAAAUCAGUACACCUAUUUCCAAAACAACUAUAAAGUCAAUCGAACUUGGCACACCCAUUUUGAAAAGUACGUCUCCUUAUAGCAGACUUCCGUCAUCGGAAAAAUUCUCGAAAAACAUCUGCGAUGUUAUAAAUUUCGAAAACUUGCCAGAUGCAACUGGAAAAUAUGAACAAAUGUCAGGAAUUAUUCAAAAAGUAAGAUGCACGUUGGCGGAAAUGCAUAAAGAUUGAAGGUUGUAAUUGUUAUCGAGCGCUUUUCAAGGUAAAUUUGGAAAUGUAAGGGGAUGAUUUUAUGGGCAGUAUUCGACUACUUAAAAAACUCAAAGUAUUCGAUCGAUUUCAGGUUGUUCUUCUAAACUGUUCCCAAUUCGGGAACUUGGAAUUAAUAAAUUAGUUUUUCAAAUAACAUAACUUAAAAAAUUCUAAGUUUGUUGCAAUCAUCCCAUUAUACUUCAGUCAAAUUUCAGUGUUGAAAAAAUAUUCCACCAAGAACAAUCAUGAUGUGAAAACUAAAUCUUUUUACAACAAAGCAUGUAAAAGAAAUCUCUGACAAUAGUUUCACAUUCUGCGUUAGAGCGCAUUUCAAGUGUACAUAAUCGAUGGGCGAGAUAUUGCCGUAGGGCUGAAUCUAAAAAUGGUAGAUUCAUUAUAGAUUUUUUUAUAAAAACAAAAAAGAGCGCAUUACGAUGGAAUGAAUGGCAGACGUUACAAUAACAAUUCUGUAGAAUGACGCCGCAAAAAAGUGAAAGUUGAAUGAAUAACUUUUUUUUAAAGGGAACUUGUAAACAUAGUAUAAUAAUUAUAUAAGUUUAAAUCAAUACACAAGAAUGUUGAAGCAUUAGGGAAAUUGAUCUCCAAUUACUUGUGAGCCGAUGUGGCUAUUAUUAUUAUUAUUAUUAUUAUUAUUAUAUCAUCUUAAUUUAACGCAGAGUGUAAUUUUUCUUAAAUUCGAAUAAUGAUUUUGAUGUUGAAGUUUGAUAUAUGCGACAUAUUUAUAUAAAAAUGAAUUUUUUUCUUGAAUAAGAGAAAUAUUUUAAUUUUCCUAUCCAAGAUUUCAGAGAAGACUAUCUGCUUAGAAAAUGUUUAGAUUUUGUAUAAGAGAGGAAGAUUCAGAUGGGCGUAUUUUUUUAUGGAGUAAAAUGAUUUACAAGUUUUUUGUUAUUUAAAGAGUGAUAAAUAAAUCCUUAUUUUUCUCAAA